AUGCUUAAAAUUACUGAUUGCAAUGGCUCGGAUGAAUAUACUGAGUUCUGUGGAUGGACCAGCAAUAUGUUGGUCCAUAGUAAGAACGAAAUUGCUAAAAGAGUGCAACAGUUUGUGGAGGAGAGGAUGCAGACUACAAUGCUUACAGGUGUGCUCAUAGGAGCAGGAAUGGCUGUUGCGCUUAUUGGCAUUGUAGUGCUCUUUCUCUACCGAAAAUACAGACAUGCUCGUGAACAGCAGCCUGGUGUGCCACAUUAUCGCUUCAGGAAAAGGGAUAAAAUGCUUUUUUAUGGAAGGAAGAUCAUGCGAAAGGUCCAGACCCUUUCAUCUACCCCUCCUCCCUCUUCUACAUCCAUAUCGAAGCCACCACAACGGAUUCGCAAGAGAACCAAAGUACUAAGCAUAGCACGCAAAAUCUUGAGGAUUCGAAAGGAUCCUCCGACUUUGCAGCCUAAAGAACCACCUCCCUCUCUUCUGGAGGCAGACCUAACAGAGUUUGAUGUACAGAGCUCAAACCUUCCUUCUGAGGUCCUUUAUAUGCUGAAGAAUGUCAGAGUCCUCGGCCAUUUUGAGAAGCCUCUUUUCCUUGAACUUUGUCGUCACAUGGUUUUUAUUGAGCUGCAGGAGGGGGAUAGCCUUUUUAGACCUGGAGAUGAUGAUGACAGCAUAUAUGUUGUACAGGAUGGACGCCUCAAACUUUGUAUACACGAAAAUGAUGGCACUGAGCCACUUGUGAAGGAUGUGCUUCCAGGAGAUAGUGUCCACAGUCUGCUGAGUAUUCUGGAUGUCAUAACGGGUUAUCCUGCACCAUACAAGACUGUGACAGCACGGGCCGCUACUCGCUCUACUAUAUUACGUUUGCCAGCAUCAGCUUUUGAGUCUGUGUUCAAGAAAUACCCAGAAACCCUUGUGCGCGUCAUUCAGAUUAUUAUGGUACGCCUCCAAAGAGUCACAUUUCUGGCAUUGCACAACUAUCUUGGUUUAACAACAGAACUCUUUAGUCCGGAAAGCCAGGCUGUCCCCUUGACAAAUGUGAACAAUGUGAUUUGUGAGGCCAGUUCUGGGAAGGUGACCCGUCGUCUGCACUUCCAAGAUGAGUUACCUGGUGGGAACUUUGAGCCCCUUGCUGAAAUGGGAGAUGGUGUUAAGGACAGUCCUUCACAUAGCUAUAGAAAGCAACGGUCCAUUUCUUUGCCCCCUGACUGCCCAGGCAAUGACCUGAAUAUGGCUUGUGAACGAGCCCGUGUUGCAAUUGAGGAAACUCCCCCCAGCCCUGUUUUUCCAAAAUCCAGUUUAAAGAAAACGGUGACAAUGCAUCACGCACCAACAGAGGUGUUUCACUAUACGGACAGCAGAGGGCAGUUUGACGCUUUUCAUCUCAGUAAAAGCAGCACCUUUCUUCAUGCUGCAAAGAAAGAUCUGCUGGGAGUAUUGCAGCUGCAGGAUCCGAGUUUACUUGAUGGCAGGGUGACUCUGCAUCAAGUCAAAGCUGGUUCGGUUGUUGCUCGUCAAGGAGACCAGGAAGUAAGCAUUCAGUUUGUAAUAUCAGGCCUUCUCCACGUUUAUCAACGUAUGAUUGACCGUGAGGAAGACACCCGUUUGUUUGUGACCCACCCUGGAGAGCUGGUUGGGCAGCUGGCUGUGCUGACCGGGGAGCCACUCAUAUUUACUGUACGAGCUCAAAGAGACUGCAGCUUUCUCUCAAUUUCCAAAACUCACUUUUAUGAAAUUAUGCGUGUGGAGCCAAAGGUUGUGCUGAAUGUGGCGCACACGGUUGUGAGAAGGAUGUCCUCCUUUGUCCGACAAAUAGACUUUGCACUUGAUUGGAUGGCUGUGGAAGCUGGAAGGGCUGUCUACAGACAAGGGGAUAAGUCAGAUUGCACAUUCAUCGUGCUUAGUGGACGACUCCGUUCUGUGAUCCUGAAAGAGGAUGGAAAAAAAGAGCUUAUAGGAGAGUAUGGACGAGGAGACCUGAUUGGAGUGGUUGAAGCCGUAACCCAUCAGAACAGUGCCACCACAGUACAUGCAGUCCGAGACUCGGAAUUGGCCAAAUUACCACAGGGUGCUCUCAGCUCCAUUAAAAGAAAAUUCCCUCAGGUUGUUACCAGGUUAAUCCACUUGCUUGGAGAGAAGAUCCUCAGACAGGUCAAUGGUCCACUAACAUCGCGCAGCUUGGCCCUCCCUGGCAGCAAAUGGGAUGCAGGAAACCAAGCAUCUAACCUGUCCACGGUGGCUGUGUUGCCAGUUUCGGAGGAAGUCCCUCUCACUGCGUUCACAUUGGAGCUGCAGCAUGCCCUUGUAGCAAUAGGUCCCACUUUGUUGUUGACCAGUGAUACAAUAAAACAGCGCCUUGGAGGUACAGCACUUGACAGUGUCCACGAGUAUCGCCUUUCCAGCUGGCUCGGUCAACAAGAAGACAUCCAUCGCAUAGUGUUGUAUCAAACAGACUACACUUUGACUCCAUGGACUCAAAGGUGCAUCCGCCAGGCUGACUGCAUCAUCAUCGUGGGUCUCGGGGAGCAGGACCCUACUGUUGGGGAGCUGGAGCGCAUGUUGGAAGCUGGUGCUGUGCGAGCUCAGAAGCAGCUGGUGUUGUUGCACAGAGAAGAUGGCCCUCCACCCAAAGGCACAGUGGAAUGGCUGAACAUGAGGAGCUGGAUCUCAAGACACCUGCACCUCUCUUGUCCCAGAAGAGUCUUUUCCAAAAGAAGCCUCCCCAAGCUGCGUGAAUUAUAUGAACGUGUGUUUGAAAAGCCAGCGGAUCGUCACUCAGAUUUCUCACGACUGGCUCGAGUUCUGACCGGAAACAGUAUUGCCAUUAUUUUGGGAGGGGGUGGUGCUCGAGGCUGUUCCCAAGUGGGAAUAAUGCGCGCUCUGUCUGAGGCUGGGAUUCCUGUGGACAUAAUAGGUGGAACAUCCAUUGGUUCCUUGAUGGGUGCACUAUAUGCAGAGGAUCGAAGCCACAGCCGCAUGAGGAUCCGGGCUCGGGAAUGGUCCAUGGGAAUGACAUCAAAGUUCAAAAAGGUUCUGGAUUUGACCUAUCCAAUUACUUCAAUGUUUUCUGGUGCUUCAUUUAAUUCAAGCCUCAGCAAUUUGUUCAAAAGCAAACAGAUAGAGGAUUUGUGGAUACCGUAUUUUAACAUUACAACAGACAUCAGCUCUUCCACAAUGAGAGUACACACAGAUGGAUCCCUGUGGCGAUAUGUUCGUGCCAGUAUGUCCCUGUCUGGGUAUCUUCCUCCACUCUGUGACCCCAAAGAUGGACACCUGCUGAUGGAUGGAGGCUACAUCAACAACCUGCCAGCUGACGUGGCACGCUCUAUGGGGGCUAAAGUGGUGAUUGCUAUUGACGUAGGCAGUCGAGAUGAGACCAACCUGACUAAUUAUGGCGACUCACUCUCCGGUUGGUGGCUGUUAUGGAAACGCCUCAAUCCACUUGCUGAGAAAGUCAAGGUCCUAAACAUGGCUGAGAUCCAGACUCGUUUGGCGUACGUGUGCUGUGUGCGGCAGCUGGAGUUGGUGAAGAACAGUGACUACUGCGAGUACAUUAGGCCUCCCAUUGACAGAUAUCGAACGCUGGAGUUUGGAAAGUUUGAUGAGAUAGCUGAGGUGGGAUAUCAACACGGCAAAACAGUGUUUGAUGUGUGGUGUCGCAGUGGAGUGGUAGAAAAAAUGUUGAAGGACAGACAUCAAGAGGAGUUCCACAACACUCAAAGCAAGAACAAUGUGUUGACAUGUCCUAAUGCCUCUUUCACUGACCUGGCAGAGAUUGUGUCUCGCAUUGAGCCUGUUAAACCAGCUGUGGUGGAUGAAGAUUCUGACUGCCACACUGAUUAUGAUGAGGAGGCCCUGGAGAGCGCUCUGUCUGACAUGGAGCUGUACAGUCGCUCCGCAGAAGGAGAGGACACUGCAGAUACGGUGCGGUUCUUUGGGAACGGGGAAUGCCUGGUGAUGAGUACCACAAAGGCCGACAGAACGAGAACAUUCCGUUUCAGCAAGAAAGCCUCUGAAGACCAGCCCAAAGAGACUUAUCUGAGCAGAGCCCAUCUGUUUCUGCAGUGA